GUCGGGCAUUAUACUGAACCGGAGAAUACGGGCCCGCCGCCAGGGUAUCUGCCCACGAUGACAUGAAAGAGACGAGAAGUGAAAAGACGACGGCAUACGCUACGAAGGAAGAGAGGGAGACGAGACUGAAAAGCGUCGAGGCAAGGCAGGGACCUCUCUCGAAAGAUCGAUGGGAGCACCUGUUCAAAAAGGAAUUGAAGGUCUCAUGCCAUGCAAGCAUUUGCCUUUUGUUUUCAGACUAUCCUGUCACUGAUGGCCUGUGGCGUCGGCACGGUGGUUUUGAACGACUCCCUCGCUUCAAGACGAUCGCUAUACCUCUUCAGAUGCGGAUACUCUUCCUGCCCGGGGUGCUCGGCGAACCGCACGCGCAGGUAUCCCAGUACACAACCGGCAGCAACAUCGGCGAGGGUGAAUCGCCCGUCAACGAGGAAGAAGUCCUGGUCGGGUUUCUGGUUCUCAUUCUUUUUGUCUUUCUCUCCGACCCAUGCCGCCAACUGCUUGAGUCCGCCGUCGACUUUUACGACGUUGUCGGGCGGUCCAGUCUGUCGAGGGCGAGGUCCGUUGUUUCUCGAAGAACAUUUCGCGACCGCUUAGCCCGGCCGAAUCGUCGGGCCCGUGGACUAGACGGAUGGCAGGGUAGGAGUGCACACGGUGUGCCGCGCAGACAGAUGGUUCCGCCGUGCUGUCAAUGCUGACGAGAGGAUAAGGGAGUUGGGACUUCGCGGUCACCCAUUCUGGGGCGAGAGAUUGGCAGGGCGGUGUGCAUGGCUAUGUCGCGUGUUAGGGAGGAGCUGCAAAGAGGUAGAGCAGGUGGGACAAGUACCGCGACGAAAGCUGCGAGGGUGAUGCUGUUGGUGUGGAGGAUCGACUAGAACCCGGUGCCGGACGCGUGUUGCCAUUCUGCUCGCGCUGCGGCCGUGAGGCUAUUUUGAAGGAUCAUACACGCCGAAACACAUCUUCUCGGGGAAGAAAACAUAGAAGAGAGAGAAAAUGAAGUUGUCACCAUGUCGGGGUCUGCUGAGAAACCCCGUGUGAGGUGCUCAUGGUGGUCUUGAGACAGCUGAGGGGGAGGAGCUGCUUCAAGCUGGCACAGCUACGGCAUGUUCAGGAGAGCUGUAUAAGUAGCUAGGAGGUUGAUGAGCUCGAUCGCUCUCGCGUUGCAACUCCAUCAGUUGCUAGGAGAGAAGUAAUUGAGAUGCGCUGGUGAUAUGUUGGUGUCCAAGAUGGACAUGCACGACAUGGUGUUUAGGUCUUAUCUUAUCGUCGCCAGCUUGACGCGACCUUCACUCGCCAGGUCACUCCC